AUGUCUAGCCUCAAGAUCAAAGCCAGCUCCCACCGGAUGAUCUUGCACCGAAGUCCCAACCGCAUCGUGGUGUGGCGUCGACGCGCAUCCAAGUGGAUUACGGCCGUUCCAAACGGGGUUGGCGAGGGGUCCGAGGAUGGGGACGGAGCGACCGCCGUUGGAGACGAAGACAUGGUUGUAGACGUCGUGGGAGAUGAAAAUGCGGCCGUAGACAUUGUUGGAGACGACAAGGACGCCGGGAAGCCGGGAGAGGUCGAGGAUGGAGCGGUGAAGCCUGACGGGGACGGCACAGUGAAGAGCGAGGAGGGCGACGCAGUGACGGUGGACAACGAAGAUUCGGACGAAGACGACGAAGCCGACGAAGCCGACGAUGACGACGUCGACGGCGGGAUCUGGAUCAAGGAAGACCGGGUCGGCGGGCUCGAGCCCGUCGUUUGGCCCCGCCUGACGUUCCGCGAUGCGUGGAUGUUCAUGCCGAACCUGGUGGCGGCGAGCAGUAGACUGAGCACCCGCACCGCGGCCGACCAGGACGUGGAUGACUGCCACGAGUUCUUUGAGCCACUGAACAAGCCCCACGACGUCCCGUUUCCGGUGGACGACGACGGAAACACCAUCACCACUGCCGGCGGCGCGAACACCCACACCUGCCACGAGCAACUUCCAGAACGCUGGAAGCAGCCACGGCAGGAGGCUCAGAACCCUGCAUAUUUUGUGCGCAAGAUGAGGCGUCCGCCUCCAUCUUUCUCUCCUGCGUCCCGCAAAGGUCUUCGCGAGGAUUGCAUGUCCCUUAUCAAGCGUCUACACGGCAACGGCAGCGCACGAAACCCGUCCUCUAGAAUCGCCGAAGACUGA